AUCCACUUUGGACCAAAAUUUAACCUCAGCUUCAAGAAAAGCAUAGCCCACCCCCACCCCACCUCCCUCAAGUUUCUCAAAGAGAUAAAAACCAAAUCGCUUUCUCUCUAGCCUAUAUCACGAGCUCUCUCAAACUGCAUACACCAACACAGCAUCAAAUAAGAUUUAGUUCACAAACACUACACUCCUCUCUCCGGCGCCUCUUCUAGAAAUCUAGAUAUUCCUCUCUCCAAAAAUGUUUCUUCUCCAUCCCAUCAAAACAGAUGAAUGGCAGUCCCAUCCAUUCCUCUUUGUCUUAAUAUCAAUACCCGCCCAUGAAACUUAAACCUAUGCAAGUGCCUUAACCACUCACAAAACCCAACUCAAUAGCCCUUUUCUUUGCUGAAGUACUUCCGCAGCUUCUCCUAAUUCGCUGAAGAUGAGAGCAGGAGGAGGCUGCACAGUCCAACAUGCCCUGACAGCCGAAGCAGCAACCGUAAUAAAGCAGGCUGUAACCCUAGCAAAGCGUCGCGGCCACUCUCAAGUCACACCUCUCCAUGUGGCCAACACCAUGCUCACUUCGUCCACUGGCCUUCUGAGAACAGCUUGUCUUCAAUCUCACUCCCACCCUCUGCAGUGUAAGGCUCUAGAGCUCUGCUUCAACGUUGCGCUCAACCGCCUCCCGGCUGCCGCUCCGAGCCACGUCCUGGGGACUCACUUACAAAACCCGUCCAUCUCCAACGCCCUCGUCGCUGCCUUCAAGCGGGCCCAGGCACACCAACGACGCGGCUCGAUUGAGAACCAGCAGCAGCCUAUCCUGGCAGUGAAAAUUGAGCUCGAGCAGCUCAUCAUCUCUAUCCUAGAUGACCCCAGUGUGAGUAGAGUCAUGAAAGAAGCAGGUUUCUCCAGCGCUCAAGUGAAGAGCAACGUCGAGCAAGCUGUUUCCUCCUCGAUCAUUUGCUCAAAAAACCAGACAGUGACUAAGGACAACUCAAAGGGUAGUAAUAACAACAAUCCGACACUCAUUUCUCAUCAGUCUCCUUUGAGUUCCUUCGAUGAAACCGGAUUAGUAUUGGGGAACACUAAUGCAUCGGAUCCAGUUAGAGAUGAGGAUGUCGCGUAUGUAUUGGAAAACAUGGCGAACAAGAGGAGGAAAAGCAUAGUUGUCGUUGGAGAGUGUCUUGCUAGUGUUGAGGGAGUGGUUAGAGCAGUAAUGGACAAGUUAAACAAGGGACAAGAUGAUGUUCCUCAAACAAUAAGAAGCUUAACGAUUCUCAACCUUUCGAUAAGCUCCUUUGAGAACUUGCAUAGGGAAGAGGUAGAUGGGAGAGUCGAAGAUCUCAAGAAGCUUGUGAAGAGUUACAUGAGCAAUGAUGAUGGUGGGGUGGUUCUAUAUUUGGGAGAUCUCAAGUGGACUGCUGAGUAUAGAGCUAGGAAAUUUAAGGGACAUCAAUUAGAGAGGAACAACAAUUACUAUUGUGCUAUUGAACAUGUGGUUGGGGAGAUAGCAAAAAUGGUGUCAGGAGUUGGUGGAAAUGGAAGGCUUUGGCUCAUGGGAUUUGCCACAUUCCAAAGCUAUAUGAAGUGUAAAACCGGCUAUCCAUCCAUAGAGACUCUGUGGUGCCUCCAUCCUCUCACAAUUCCAGCAGGCAGUUUGAGCUUGAGUCUCAUCACUGACAGUGGACCAGAGAUAGAUUGCCUGAGCAAAAAAGCUGAAAAUAGGGGGCCAGCUAGCCCUUUCGAGAUUAUCGAAUCACGAUCGUUGAACCCUUCAUCCCUUCCGCCAUGGCUUCAAAAUUGCAAGGACGAGUAUAGAAGACAUUGCAAUAACAACGAUGAGGAGUACGCAUGCCAAAAAAGGAACAACUUCGGGAAAAACCCCAUGUUCUCUUCUCUGCCUACAUCUCCCUCCGCUUCAAGCUAUUCCCACGAAUACCAAAGCCCUAAUUUUCACCAUUUCGUUUAUCAUGAGUGGCCACCCACGAAACUACAUUCCUGGCGAGACCACAAGUUUUGGAAUCCACCAUCAGAAUCGGUCAAUUUUGUCAUUGAGCUUUCCUCGCGCUCCAACUCAGCAUCUUCAAGUGAAAUCAUGGAGGUAGAGUACGUGCCGAGGUUCAAGGAACUCAACUCCGAGAACCUUAAAAACCUCUGCACCGAGUUGGAGAAGAAAGUCCCAUGGCAAAAGGCCAUAAUCCCUGAAAUUGCAACCACAAUCUUGCGUUGCCGGUCAGGCAUGUCGAGAAGAAAAUUAGGGUCUAAGUGCCAAAAUGGUGCGUCUAAGCAAGACACUUGGUUUCUCUUCCAAGGCGCGGACGCCGAAGCCAAAGAGAAGGUGGCGAGAGAGCUGGCUCGGCUCGUCUUUAGCUCGUACGCCAGCUUCUCAUCCAUUACUCUAAGUAGCUUCUCAUCAUCUACCAGAGCACUUUCCCCAGAAAACAACGGAAACAAAAGACCGAGGGACGAGCAAAGCUCUAGUUACAUCGAGAGAUUCGCCGAAGAACUGUCGAAGAACCCACACCGGGUGUUCUUUGUCGAAGAUGCUGAAGAAGCUGACUAUAUUGCUCAAAUGGGUUUCAAGAGAGCAAUGCAAAGAGGAAGGACAAGCAGCUCGGCCGGCGACGAGGUUGAGCUGAGCGACGCCAUCGUUAUCUUGAGCUGUGAGCGCUGUAGCUCUUCUUCUCCUACUAAUAUCAUGCUGAAAUCUUCGCACGAGACAAGCUCUUGCUUGUCGCUUGACUUGAACACGUUGGUCGAAGAAGACAAUGCGGAAGAUGACGAUGGUGAUCAGUCAACCGAUGAUGUAGGACUUUUGGAAUGGGUUGACGGGUGGGUUGCUUUCAACGUUCAGCAACCGUAGGAGAAUCUUUUUCAUGAAAUUUUUUGUUCUUAUAUUUGGGGUAUACAUUUCAAAGGUGAAGCGAUUGACUCUUGACUGACCUACGAAGCAUUUGUAGGAGAAGACGAGGCUAGACGAGCUAGCUACAGUAAAUUUGGGUGCCCGUCAUUGUAAAUUCCAAGUUAGAUUCUAUAUUAAAGACAGGCUGAUGGUUG